AUGCGUGAGCCGCAGGGCCAGGCCUCGCGAGAAUGGCUCACCAACGUCCCCCAUGAUGGCAUAAUCCGCUACUUCACCUUCUUCAACCGCGAACGGCUGAUCGUAUACUCGCCCAAAGCCCUCGCAGACAUCCACACAAGCGAGUGCUACUCGUUCCAGAAGCCGGCCUUCCUUGCGAACCAGAUGCGCGUGAUACUCGGAAACGGCCUGCUGCUGAGUGAAGGCCAUGACCACAAAGUCCAGAAAAAGGGACUCAUGCCUGCCUUUACGCGGAGGCGCAUCGACGCCCUUUACCCGCUCUUCCUGAGUAAAGUGCAGGAAACAGUACAUGCCAUGACAACUUCUAUAAGUAAGAUAAACAAUAGCGGACAAAAAGAUAUGGAGAUCACAAAUUGGGCAUCGCGGUACGCCCUCGACGUGAUUGGGGUCGCCGCACUGGGGAAGGACUUUGGCGCCAUCCAAGACGACGCGAACCCGCUUGUCAGGACGUACAAUGCUGUAUUCAAGGUCUCCAAACAGCAGCGCAUUAUAUUCCUCCUCAAUUCCUUUCUGCCCUGGUGGCUGCUUAACAACCUCCCUCUCAAACAUAACCGCGACUUCUCCGGCGCGUCAGACCUCGUCCGCGCAGUCUGUCGCAAUAUCAUCACCGAGAAGCGAGUCAAGUUCGCCAGGACCCAAGGAACAAAUGUGGAUGUCGACGUCGAUAUCCUCUCCACCGCCAUCCAAAGCGGCCGCUUCACAGACGAGGGCCUAAUCGACCAAGCCAUGACCUUCCUCGCUGCAGGCCACGAGACAACCGAGUCGUCCAUCGUCUGGGCGAUAUACAUGCUCUCCCGAGACCGGACACUCCAGCAACAGCUCCGGGAGGAGAUCAGGCAAAACCUCCCCCCAAUAGACUCCUGGAAUGCGAAUGCACAGAUCAGCAGCACGGAUAUCAACCGCCUUCCUCUCCUGCAAGCAAUCUGUAGUGAGACGCUGCGGUUCUUCACCCCUGUUCGUCUUACCAUGCGUGAAGCAACACAGGAUACAUACCUCCAAGGGGUAUCCAUCCCCCGGGGGACGAAAGUCAUGAUCUCGUCUUGUGCAACGAACACAGAUAAGGCUUUAUGGGGCCCUAACGCGGCCGAGUUCAAUCCCUACCGAUGGGUUCACAGCAACAGCGACGAAACGCUAGGGAUGGUGCCUGCUGGCGGUGCAUCGAAUAACUAUGCCAUGCUGACAUUCUCGCAGGGCCCGCGGAGCUGUAUCGGGCAGGGUUUUGCGCGGGCUGAGUUUGCGUGUUUGCUUGCUGGGUUGAUUGGGAGGUACGAGUUUCGGCUGAAGGAUGAGGCGUUGAUGGAUCUGGCGAAGGUCGAGGUUGGGGAUGGGAUUACGGCGAAGCCGAGGAAUGGGUUGAGGGUUGUUGUUAGGGCUGUUCCUGGGUUUUAG